ACCCGCGGACGAGCGGGCCCAAGAGCGCGGGUACGAACGGGCCCGGACAGGCCGCGCUUGUUACGUGCCCCCUCUAAAUCUCACGUCAUCACGCUCGUCAUCACGCUUCCACGUUUCCGCGCAGCGAGUGUCUUUUUUUUUUAACGUAAAGUUUGCAAGGGACGCGUUGUACCUGUCCCCCGGACAAUACCAAUGUGUUAGACGUCGUGACUCUCAACGGCCUGCCGUCGAUUUUUUCGAGUGCGUGUCAUUCAAAGGCUCUCGCCGGAGUGCGAAGAAACGACUCUCCAAGUACCAAGUGCCAGCAGACUGACGCAAAGUGGAUUUACCUGCGGCCAGGCCGGCGGCAUCAUGGACUAUUCGUAUCUGAAUCAGGCCGCGGCCGCGGCAGCGGCCGGCUUCGAGGCCUCCAGCUGCGCCUUGGCCGCCGGCGAGAUGCAGUGUAGUUACGGAGACCUGAGCUCGUGCUCGCAGAUGAGCCAGGCGGCCUAUCGUUACACCGCGGCACGGGCCGCCGGCUACCCCGGCAACGCGGCCGCUGCCGCCGGCGCCGCGGCUGGCGGCACGCCGCUCGCGGCCCAUCACACCACGCACCCCCAUGCUCACACGCACCACGGGGCCCACUCGACCCCCUGCUCCGUAAUGGCUGCCAGGUCCCAGGAAGUCCAUCGGCACGCCGCCUCCAUCUUCCCGUCGGCCAUCAAUCUUCAGAGCGGUUUGGGAUAUAAAGCUUACUCAGGGCAUGACGGCCUCGCGGAGAAGAGAAAACAACGUCGGAUACGAACGACAUUUACGUCAGCCCAGCUGAAAGAAUUGGAACGUGCAUUUCAGGAGACGCAUUAUCCAGACAUUUACACCAGAGAAGAAAUCGCUAUGAAGAUCGAUCUGACGGAAGCUAGAGUGCAGGUCUGGUUCCAGAACCGGCGCGCAAAGUUUCGCAAACAGGAGAGACUGGCCCAGCAGAAGUCGACGUCGCAGAGCGGCCUCGGGGCGGACAGCGGCGCGUCCAGCCCCGUGACCGGCACCGUGAAGGCGGAGGGACGCUCGCCGAGGAGUCCGGCGACGCCGCCCGGCGGCUCCAACAGCGUGCUGUCGUCGAACGAGAUCAAGCCGAUUAGCAACCAGAGCCUGGUGAACGUGAAGAACGUGGACGGCGCGGGCGACGGCUCGCCCAACAUCCGGGGAAGCAGCGGCGGCGGCAGCGGUACCUGGGGCUCCUGCAGUCCCAGGCCCUUCUCGGCGGCCCUGCCGCCCUACCUGUUAGACCCGCUGCCGCUGAAAACCGCGAACCUUUACUAAACCGUCUGCCUCUCCCGUUAACCGGCCUGGCGGAGAGUGUAAAUACGAGAGAGCCGCCCGCUCGUCGAUACGGAGACGACGCGCCGUUCAG